AUUUGGAAGGCCAUUCAGCCUUUUCAGCUUUCAUAUGUGACUAAGAACAGCAGGAUGGAGUGGGAUUUGCCUCUACCCUUUCGUAUGGGUGCUUGAGAUUUUCUGGCUUUCAAGCGGACAGUUCUAAAAAUAAUCCAUUUGCUGGUCGAGUUCCAUAUUAAGUUCCGGCUCAAUUCACAAGGAACAAAAAGGCAGGAGACCUGCUGUUGUUACAGGGGUUUGGGGUAGGAUUGGGGUGAAAGACGCUCUCUUCUUCCCCACGUUGCUUGGAGGAAUGGGGGAGCCGAAUGCAGAGGUCAAGGUGGUGAACGAAGAAACCGAGGCCAAGCCACAGCAGGCACAUAAAAAUGGAAAGAAGGCAGAAGUUGGAGGAGGAACCUCGUUUUUCACCUGGUUCAUGGUUUUGGCUCUCUUGGGCGUCUGGACCUCUGUAGCUGUGGUGUAUUUUGACCUUAUUGACUAUCAAGGUGUAAUUGCCAAAGCAAAGGACUUGCGCUAUAAUCUUUCAGAGGUAUUACAAGGUAAACUCGUGUCCUAUGAUGCUGAUGGUGAUGGAGACUUUGAUGUGGAAGAUGCUAAAGUACUACUAGGGCUGAAAGAUAAAUCCACCAUUGAGACCAGUGAAUCAUUUGAGGGAACCCUUGCUGAACCUGUGGAAGAAGCUCCUGAAACUAUCGUGGAGGAAGAAAUCCAGGCCACUAAAGUUGAAGCAGCAGCUCAGCCACCACCGGAACCAGAGGCUGUGGAAGAGGAGCCUGUUCCUGUGGAAGAAGAACCUCUGGAAGUAGACGAAGAACCCACUGCUGUAGAAGAUGAAGUAGCUGAGGAGGAACCAGAGGUUGAAGAGGAGCAAGAAGUUCCAGAGGAAGAACCAGAAGUUGUGGAGGAAGAGCCUGAGAUUACAGAGACUGUUCCAGUUGAGGAAGAGGCUUUUGAGGAGGCAGUGGAAGAGCCUGCAAAAGAGGAAGAGGUCAUACCAGUUGAAGAACCGAUUGAGGAAGCUGCUAAAGUGGAAGAAGCGGUUGAGGAAGUGUUGGAGGAAGAGGCUGCAUCCGUAGAAGAAGAAAUAGUAGAAGAUGCUCCACUGGAAGAGGCAGUAGAAGAAGAGGUUGCACAGGUGGAAGAAGCAGUGGAGGUAGUGUUGGAGGAAGAGGCAGCAUCAGUGGAAGAGACAAUAGAAGAAGUAGUAGAAGAGGAUGCACCAGUGGAAGAAACAGUAGAGGAAGCUGCACCAGUAGAAGCAGCUGUGGAGGAGGUUGUACCAGUAGAAGAAGCAGUUGAGGAGCUUGAACCAGUAGAAGAAGCUGUGGAAGAGGUUGUACCGGUAGAAGCAGUUGAGGAGCUUGAAACAGUAGAAGAAGCUGUGGAAGAGGUUGUACCGGUAGAAGCAGUUGAGGAGCUUGUACCAGUAGAAGAAGAAGUAGAGGAGCUUGUACCAGUAGAAGAAGCUGUUGAGGAGCUUGUACCAGUAGAAGAAGAAGUAGAGGAACCUGAACAAGUGGAGGAACCUGAAGCAACAGAACCAGUGAAAGAUGUAGAAACACCCGAAGAGACAGUUGAGGAAUCAGUCUCUGUAGAAGAAGCUGUAACAGAAGAGGAAGUUAUAGAGGAAACAGAUGAGUCAUUUCAGGAAGAUGAGGAAGAACAAGACUCCACAUCGGAGGAAACAGAGCUUCAGGCAGAGAAUAUGGAAGAAGAGGAGGAGGAUGCAGCUGCUGAGGAAGAGCAGCCUGAGGAGGACGUAGCAGAGGAAAUUGACCAAACAGAAGAACAAAUUGAAGUAGAGCCCACAGAAACAUAAAACAUUAGGCAGUAUGUAAGAUACGGAGAGGACCAGCACCACAUGGCAUUCCACUGGAAGCGUGCAGCUGCCAAUUCCCACCAUGGAGUUAAAAAAAAGAGAACACUACUAUUUCCCUUUCAUUUUCUUUUUUUUGACAUUCAAGCCUGUUUGUUAAUUGAUAAUGCAGUCUCUUUGUGUACAAGUACACAAUUAUUUGAAUGUUUUGUCAACUUUUGUUUGGUGGUUUGACCCUUUUUCCUUUUCGAAUCCCUUUUUUGUAAUUACAGACAAAGCUUUUUUCCUAUCCUCUAACAUAGAUGUGAAGUAGCCUUUUUUUGAAUGAUCAUGGAUGAUAGUUUGGUUGUAGUUUCCUAUCCUGUGUGUACAAACACCUUCAUGUUGCUUUGUAGCUCAGAGAUCUUCACAUUCUACUCGGCACUGAAUUCAUCAGUGUUUCUCUCUUCAUCAAAUCUGACGUUUUGCUUUAAUGUGAAGGUACUAUGCAAAGCUGCACUGAUCUUUCGCUAUUUUUACCCUUAGGUUUUGUACUACCAAUAUGUAUUGAGUCUACAUUUCCAAUGUUGCAUAUCAAGGACAAGUUUAUGCUGGCAGGUUAACCAAGAUAAUUGCUGUGUGAUCUGUGUAUGGAGUGAAUGGGCGUGCAUGUAUGUGUGUGUCUAUUUGAAAAUUCGUGUUUAACUGCGAAACAAUCAUUUGAGCCGUUUUUCUCACUAGUAUGUUUUCAUGGUGUUUUUUUAUGUGUUUUCCAGCGUACAGUCAACAUAUUAGUACCUCUGAUGAUAUUUUCCUCAAUACUGUAGCUGAUAUAUUAA